CGUAGCUGCUUCUCGUUCUCAAUCUCAGCCUCCUCUUCCCUCCACCGUUCCUUCUCCACGUAUGGACGUGUUUCCUUCACCUUCAUGGGCUUCUCUGUAACACCACCGCCUCCCCCAGCUCUCCUCGCCUCUCACCACCGCACCCGCCACCCUUCUCUCCGCAGCUGCCAACCAUCCCAUUCCAAACCCAAUUCCAAAAUCUUCCUCAAUCGCCGCUCCCUUCUCCUCCUUUCCACCUCUACCGCCCUCUCCAUUCCCUCCGCUCCUCGAUUCCCCGCCGCAGCCGCCGCCGAAACCACCAAGCCACAGCCGCCGGAUAUCACCAUCACCGACCGCGUUUUCAUGGACUUCAGCCUCUGCCCCAAUUACUUGCUCCCCAGCCGAACCCUUGGCGAUAACAUUGCUUCCCUCUGCUCCGAAUCCAUCCCUUUGGGUCGCAUUGUGCUCGGACUUUACGGCCACCUCGUCCCUCUCACGGUUUCUAACUUCAAGUCCAUGUGCGUUGGAUCCUCUGGCUCUUCCUAUAAGAACACCCUCGUUCACAAAAUUUUUCCUGGCCAGUACUUCCUCGCUGGCCGCCAGGGGCGGCGUGACAAAGGCGAGGUCCAGCCACCUUCGGAGUUGGCGGGCAACAAUGAAACCGUUGAUUCCAAGUCGUUUUCUCUGGCACAUUCGAAGGCAGGUGUUCUUUCGCUUCCUUUGUCGGAAAAUGACGACGAGGAUGAGUUUAAGCUUGAUCCGAAUUACAGAAACGUUGAGUUCUUGAUCACGACUGGACCAGGACCUUGCCCCCAGCUCGACAAUAAAAACAUUGUUUUUGGAACAGUGCUUGAAGGUUUGGACAUCAUCACCGCCAUAGCUGCAAUUCCCACAUACCAACCAGCUGAGCGUAUUCGCCAAUUCAAUGAUUUGGCUGAGUUUUUUGGAGAUGAAAGGGCCCAGAAUGCUCGUGCCAGCUGGAACAGGCCUCUUAAAACUGUUUAUAUUAGUGACUGUGGGGAGCUACAAGUUGCAAAGCCUUCCCUCUCUCCUUCUCUUCCUUGAUUUUCUUUUCUUGUGUAUAUUACAUUGGAGGAAUCCAUAUAACUUGUUUAUUUGUAAUCUCACUUUGAAUAAACUGAGUGGAAAAGACGGUCCAAAGAAGCUGGUGAUCAGGAAUCGAUUCAAAGAAAUUAAAUGAAUGAAUUGAAAGGUGACCUUUGUGCAUUGCUGUAAAGUUGAACAAUAUGAGUACCAAAUACUCUUGUUGUGAAGUGCUGGUAGGAAUGUUAUGCAUAAAUAUGUCUAUUUGCUGUAAAUUAUUAUAAUUUUUUGUAGUAAUUUUUUGUGUGACACAUUUUCUGUAGUAUUUAAUUAUUUAUUAGAAAUGCUAUGGAGAUGAUUAUGCGCAAUUAAAGAAGAAUCCUAUACAAGCAUAAA